AUGCACCCGACACUCAACCUCUUAAAGCAACAACUCAGGGUACAACAUGUACGCCGUGGAAUGUUAGGUGGAAUUCGCGCGAAAUUUGGUUAUCCCAUUCGCGAGCCGGAACCAAAGUCACCGGUGGUCAAAGAGAAAAGAUCGAAAAAGGUACGCGAGAAACCACCUUACAUGGAGCAACGCACCUACAAACAGGCGAACAAGGGUCUUUACGCCGGUGCGCAUAUCCAAUUUGGCAAUCAAAUUUCCGAGUUCGGUAAUAAAUCUCGACGCACGUGGAAGCCCAAUGUGCAUCUUGUAAAAUUAUACUCGGAAGCAUUAGACAAACGGCUUGAGAUUAAGUGUACGCCUCAAACGUUGAGGAUUAUCGAUCGAAGAGGUGGAUUGGAUAGAUAUUUGUUGGGAAUGAGAGAUAAUGAGUUGGGCAAGAGAAUGUAUUAUCUGAAACAUCGGAUCAAGGGUAUAAUUGAAGGGAAGGGUGAUGAAGUUGGAAAGUCAAAGAAUAGUAGAGAUAAGAAUUGA